AUGGAAAGCCAAACGCAACAUGAAUGUAACAAUAAGCAGUGUGACUCUGUGGAAAUCCAUCAUCAUUAUCACCAUGUGGUUGAGAUUUCAUCAGGAGAGGCAAGCUUGGUAGGUGCAAUCAAGAAGACAUGUGGAGAAGCGUCUUGUGGAUUCUCUGAUGACAAGACAAUUUCAAGGGAUGCCGCAGAACGCAAAGCAUCUAUGAGGAAGCUGUUGGUGGCUGUUGUGCUCUGUGUCCUCUUCAUCACCGUCGAAGUUGUUGGAGGGAUCAAAGCCAACAGUCUAGCGAUUCUCACAGAUGCUGCUCAUCUCUUGUCCGAUGUUGCAGCUUUUGCCAUAUCUUUGUUCUCUCUCUGGGCUUUAGGAUGGAAAGCAACUCCACGUCAGUCCUAUGGGUUCUUCAGAAUCGAGAUCCUUGGUGCACUUUUCUCCGUCCAGAUGAUUUGGCUUCUUGCUGGUAUCUUAGUCUACGAAGCAAUCGCUAGGCUUCACAACGGAAGUGGCGAAGUUGAGGGGUCUCUCAUGUUUAUCGUCUCUGCUUUUGGGGCUUAUCUUCAUGCGUUGGGAGAUUUAAUCCAGAGCAUAGGGGUGAUGAUAGGAGGAGCAAUCAUAUGGUACAAACCCGAGUGGAAGAUCAUUGAUCUCAUAUGCACACUUGUUUUCUCGGUGAUUGUGUUGGGGACGACGGUAAAGAUGUUGAGGAACAUUCUAGAGGUUUUAAUGGAGUCAACACCAAGCGAGGUAGACGCGACGAAGCUGGAAAAGGGAGUGUGCGAGAUAGAAGAUGUUGUGGCCGUUCACGAGCUUCACAUUUGGUCAAUCACUCUUGGUAAAAUUUUGUUGGCGUGUCAUGUGAAGAUUAGGCAAGAGGCUGAUGGAGAUAUUGUUCUUGACAAGGUUAUAGACUACAUCAUAAAAGAACACAACAUCAGUCACGUCACUAUUCAGAUUGAAAGACAAUGA